UUCAAAAGAGUUCCAUUAUUGCCCUUAAGGAAUUUAGUUUUUUUAAGAUAUCUUUCCAUAGCUAAGUGGUUUGAGAGUUGUGAUGAUGUAGUAUCAAGUAACUCAAAUUUGCAAACACUUACUGUUUCUGGCAUUGAUGAAUCAACAUUUGGAGCAUGUACUCUUCAUUUAUUGUCAUCCAAAAUUUGGGAGCUGCAACAUUUUAGGCAUCUCAUACUUGGGGAUAUGUAUAUGAUAGAUCUUCCAAACAUGGUUAAAGAGCAUUUGCAAACAUUAGUUUGUGCAAUGCCAAUUCAUUUCAGGCAAAAAGAAGUGUAUUAUUGUAGAUUUCCAAGCAUAAGAAAACUGAAAGUUGUGUAUAAAGACGUCUUAGUGCCUGGUUGCAGCGAUAAGCGAUGUUGCAGAAAUCCUAUCAUCAUUCUGGCGAAUUUUGAGGAUUUAUUGAGGUUGGAGACUCUAACAGUUAUGGUUCCAGUUGGUAGUAUAGCCCUUUUAGAGCGGGUUGGUUUUCUUUCAAAAUUGGAGAAGUUGAAGUUAAGUGGGACUAAUUUUCCAAUGAAGGUUUUAACAGUAAUUGGGCAAUUACCGAAGCUUAAGGUGCUGAAACUAGAGAAUGCUUUCUAUGGCAGAGUGUGGGAAGUGGUUGAAGGAGGAUUCCCUGAAUUAGAAAAGUUGGAGGUUGAAUCCAGAAGUCUUGAGCAAUGGGUGGCCAAUACUAGUAAUCCUUUCCCAAAGCUCGGGACGAUAUUAUUAAAAGGUUGUUAUUCUCUAGAAGAGAUCCCUCCACUAGGUGCAAUGGAUAAAAUGUUUUUGGCAAUUAAGUUGGAGCAAUGUCCUCCUUCUGUCGUCACUUCUGCCAAGAGGUAUCAAUCAGAGAGGAGGCAGCACAACAGCUAUUGUGUACCUUACGUUAUUGUUGACCGCAAUAAUUUUUAAUUUGAGGACUAAAAAAUGUACUCCAUAAUAAUAUCAGCAGGAAGAAUAAGAAGAAUAUAAUGAAUGGCAGUAUCAGGAAGAGGAAGAAGAAGAUGGAAGAGUAUACAGAUAAGGAAGAGUCAGAAGAAGAAGGAUAUAUAUGAUGUAUGAGGCUAUCAUAUUCAAUCUAGAAUUUU